AAAAAAGUUGUUGUUUCAGGCAGUUCACCAGGAAGGUACAGUCUUAUAUAUGAGUGGAAAUGAAGUGAACCCAGUUUUCAACAGGAAUACUUGAGAACCAGCAGGUAAAUUCUCUUCUAGUGAAGAUCCCAAGUGAAUUCCUGUGGAUUCAGGAAUCAGUACCUGUUUUGAUCUUGAUGUCUGCUCAGCUUCAUCCUCAGUACUCCAGUCUUUUAAAGAUUCUCCACAACCAGAAGAUGGGUCGUGGGACUUGUGUUUGUUUUUAUUUGCUGAUUUAAACAGAGCCUUAUGCUCAGCUUCACAGAGUGCCUUUGCCUGGAUGACUGCACCGUGACAUCAGCAAUCCAAACCUCCUUGGGAAUACUCUAAACUUAGUAGCCAGAAGAGUUGCACAAUGAGAAAAUCUGAGGGAGAAAAACCCAUCCUCAGCGUUUGGCAGGGGAAAGAAGGAGCGGUGCUGUGAGUGGAUGUUCAUCCAGCAGAAAAAGAAGUUGCGGAAAGAGGCUUUGUUCCCUUUUUAAUCCAAUGUCCUCUCUUCUGAGGCAGGAGUGUGAGCAUCCUUUUGAUCAAAAAUAAGAGGAGUGCUCUGUGGCAAGGAAGAAGAAACCCCAGGAAGGAGUCAGAACAGAAGAAAUAAGAGGAGUCUUCAGCUUCAUACCAGAACUGUUACUGGCAUAAUUACAGCUGAAACCAGAAGGAAAUGAGCUGGCUCUAUGCUUGCUACAGAGACAGAGGUCCUCACACAGAAACAGAAGCUAUGAAAAGGCAAAGCUCUGCCGGGGAGCAUGAGGUUAUUGAAUUGCAAGAAGUUAAUGGGGAGGAAAGUACAGCUGAUCAUAAGAAGCCUCUAAAUUCUUCAGAACCUGCAACGAGCAAGGGGAGAGAUCAGUGGAAAUCAUGCAGGAAGAUAAUUUUCUGGAAGUGUAAACUAUGGAUGGUUUUAACUACAAUUUUUGUUGUUUUGUUCCUGGUCAUUCUCAUCAGUCUAGCUCUAUAUUCUAAUGUUUACACAGAUGAAGAUGAUUAUUGGUAUACAGAUGCACUGCUACAGAACUAUCACAAUUUUUCUGGAAAGUUCAACUUACUGUGUGGUCUUCCACACCUUUUCUCUGAAGACAUUACUAAGAGGAUAACAGAUGUCUACAGCUCAUCUCCAGCUCUAAGACGCUACUUUAGGUCUGCUAAAGUGGAUUAUGUCAGUAAUGAAAGCUCCACUGUAUUUUACCAACUAGAGUUCUUUGUACCGCCGUCAACAGAGGGGUUUAUGGAGAAUGUAAUGAACCCAGACUUUAUAAGGAAUGUUCUACUUCAAAAUAUUUAUGAUGAAGAAGAUACUUCUAAUCCCGGGGCAUCUGAAUGUACCAGGUUAAAGCUUGACCCAGCUUCUCUCACAUCAACAUGAAAAUAAUGGACAGACUCCUCAUCUUCCUUACCUCUUAGAAGAGGUGGUCUUCUACUGUCUAUUAGUGAUCUCAGGUUAGGGAGUCAUUCAACAGGUGGAAACACUUCUAAAGAUGUUCUUUGAAUGAAAAUGUGGUAUUGGUAUGAGAGUGUCUUACUCCUAACACAUUGCUACCUCCUUUAUUUUUGUGUGGAAUUAUAGGUAGAUCUUCAAUCUUGUGAAACUAACAUAUUUUGUCUGAAUAGGGCUCUGUUGGCUUCCAACCCCUCUGAUUUUUCUUUUUUCUUUCUUUUUUUAUUAUGUUUUUAAUGAAUAUGGAUUACUUGAAUGAUCUGCUAAGGCAAAUGACUCAUUGCUUCUGCUCUUGGCUUAUAAAAAAUUAUCUGCACAAUCUCAUCCUUAAUGCUUACAUCUACCCGUGCUCAUGUCUUUUCCUUUUCUUCUCUGCCACCUUCAUCUGCCAUAUCUCCCCAGUGCUCUUUCCUCUCAAAACAAUCGAAAACUUACAUAUACUUUCUAUUUUCAAAACUUUUGCACUUCCUUCUUAGGUGAAUUAGUACUCACAUCAUCCCCUUGUUCAUCCUAUAGUCUUCCCAGAAAAGGUGGUGUCUGAUCUGUUUUUCUCUUCUGUAAUGCGAAAUAGAAAUGAAGAAGGAAGAAGCAUUGGGAAGACUCUAAUGCAUCUGAAUGCUGCAGCAAUCUUUCAAAUCUGUCAAAUUAGCUGUGUACUUUGCUAAUUAGCUACUGGUUCUUGUGAAAAGACAUCCAUUGGAUUCACAGCUCUAAAUUCAAAGGAAAAUGAGUUUCUGCUCUACUUACACCUCCUGCUCUGGCAGUGAUGGGAAAAAACAACAACAACAACAACAACAACAACAACAAAAACAAAGAAAAAAAGAACCAUAAGUAAACAGAUGCAAAAUACUUACUUUAGCAAGACAGUGCCAGUUGUUCUUGAUAACAAGAGAUCAUAUGGGACAGACGAAUGUCAAGAGGAAGAUGCUGAGGCAGAUGAUGUAGGCCAGUGUAGCGUGAGAGUUACAGCCAGUAACUGACUAUAACAUGAAAGCUAAAAGUUAAGCAUUAACUUCAUGAAUAAUGUGAUACUUCACUACCAUGUUAGUGAAGUAUAACUUUUUUUCACUUACAAACAUUUUUAGCCAGUAUAAAUAUUAGUAUUGUUGCACAGAUAAAUUUAUUUUAAGGAAUUUUUUGUAUUGUGAAAAAUAUCCUAGGGAAAAUAGUUUUUCUGUUUUUCCAUUGUUACUAGUUUAUUUAAAGAGUAAAGUGAAAACUCAACUAUGCAUUAAAUUAUUUAUUUUUACUCUA